AAAGAUUCAUUUCCUCAUUUACAAAACUUCUCAUCUCGUAAUAAUUCCACUGAAACAACGAACGUCAACAAGUAGCUCGAAAACCUCUGAUUAAAAAUAAACUAUCUCGUAUUUAAGCGUCAGUCGUUCGAAAAUGGUGCUCUAGUCACAACUCAAAAUGGAGGACAUCGACAACAUCACGGGCAACUUCACCGACGAGCUCGUCGAGCCCGAGGUGCCGCCCUACGAACGCAUCUUCCUCGAAUUAUUCACAGUGGUGGCCUUGCUCUCACUUGCCGCCAACUCGCUUCUCAUUUUCGUCAUCGUCAAGUAUAAGAAGCUGCGAAAAGACGCCACCAAUGUGAUCUUCCUCCACGUCAACAUCCUCCAAGCCGUUUUCCUCGUUAGUGCGCCUCUGACGUGGAGAACUUCAAUGUACUUUUUUUUCAAAUCUCCGGUGCAUUUCACCGUGUUUUGUGCACUGUACCAGAUCGAAGCUUGUGUCGGAUCGGCCAUCAUCGGAUUUUUGUUCCUCCUGAUCUGUGAUAGUUAUCUCAAAAUUUACUAUAAAGAAAAGUACCGGAAAUUCUGCCGAAUUUACAAGUUUCUGCAAAUUGCGAUUUAUUUCCUAAUGCUGUGCACGUGCUCGAUCACUAUCAAUGUUUGUUUCAGUAGAUACAUGUUUGCGUUUGCUUAUAUUUUCAUAUUCUUUGCUAUUUGUAUUGUGAUUGCUGUGCUAAUAAUCAUUGAUGUUAUUCACGUUUUCAGGAAGCGGAAAUUAACGAACUACAAAGACAGUAAUAUUGGAUUAGUUGUUUCAAACUUUUUCUUUUUGUUUUGGAUGCCUUGUAUUUUAUUUUUUGUUAGUUGUACAAGAGGCCAAACGUGUGAACCGAUCGCACUCAUACUUUUGUUUGUACUCGGAUUUGCGAGUCCUAUUUUUAAUUUAGUUUACGUGUUUUGUUGUGAUAACUACUUUAACGUGUUUCUAAAACAGGUAUUUACAUGUAGGUGUAAGGAAUAUAAAAACGAGGAUUUGGAAGACCAAUCGGUGGUUUAUAGCGAUUCGAAUGGCGUACAAAUUAACUCAAAUUAAAUUAAAUUAAUUAGAAAUAGUUGUGUAUGUCUGGUACCUUUAUUUUUAUAAAAUAAACAUUUUUUUAAAAUUU